GAAUAGAGUUGUGCCUUUCUGGCUUCGCAUUCCUACUACUCUCUCUCUUCAUUCCUCGGCUGCUCCGUGAGAUCGGAGCUCCGACCCCACAAGUCGUAAACCCUAGCACAGCUGACGUACUUACCCACAAAAUACUGAACAACAAAGCAAGCGUUUCAUACAAAUCCCAAAACCGGGCUCAAUUGCGCUCUUACCCGGCAACACGCAGGAUGCUUAAACUUUUACCUCGUUGGGGAUAAUCAUGAGGACAUGUUUGUAGUCUUCCAGAGGAGACUACAUAAGUGCUUAUAUUAUGAACUCAACAAACAUGGAUAUUGAAGAAGUACAUAUUGAUGGAGAGAAUGGGGUAAAUCAUGUUCCUGGAAAUGCUGAACCCAAUAAAGAUGAGAAACAGAAUGUAACUCGGAAUUCUACAGGGAUAGAAGUAAUAAAUCAGGAUGAUGAUGCAAUUGGUAAACCACAUGUGGGCAUGGAGUUUGAAUCAGAAGAUGCUGCAAAGACUUUGUAUGAUACAUAUGCCCGGCGCAUGGGUUUCAGCACCCAUGUUGGUCAGUUCAGUCGGAGUAAGCCUGAUGGGCCAAUUGUAACUUGGGAAUUUGCAUGUUCCAGGGAGGUUUUUAAAAGGAAGAAUGUAGAAAGCUGCAAUGCCAUGCUUAGGAUUGAGAGGAGGGAUUCAAACAGUUGGGUGGCGACAAAAUUUGUUGAGGACCAUAAACAUUCCAUGUUGUCUCCCAGUAAGGUCCAUCCCUCUAGGCCCCAUAGGCAUUUUGCUGGUACUACCAAGAAUGUUUUUGAUACGUUGGAUGCUACUAGUGAUGUUUACGUUUCUGCGGAUGGCAAUAAUGCACCUUAUGAACCACAUCGAGUAGUUAGGAGUGCCUCCCCCGUAGAACCAAAUCACCCAGCCAGGGCUUUUGGGCCUGUAAAUUACAUUAGACCUUCUACCAGAAGGAGGACCCUUGGUAGAGAUGCUCAAAAUCUUCUAAACUAUUUCAAGAAGAUGCAAGCUGAAAACCCCGGCUUCUAUUAUGCGAUACAGCUUGAUGAUGAUAACCGCAUGACUAAUGCCUUUUGGGCUGAUGCACGAUCAAGGAAUGCUUAUAAUUACUUUGGUGAUGCAGUAAUUUUUGAUACAAUGUAUAGACCAAAUCAGUACCAGGUCCCAUUUGCUCCCUUUACUGGUGUAAAUCAUCAUGGCCAAAUGGUGUUGUUUGGUUGCGCUUUACUUCUGGAUGAGUCUGAGUCUUCCUUCACAUGGCUGUUCAAAACAUGGCUAUCUGCUAUGAAUGAUAAGGCUCCUGUUUCUAUAAUCACAGACCAAGAUAGAGCAAUACAAGCAGCAGUUGCUCAGGCUUUUCCAGAAACUCGGCACUGUAUUUGUAAAUGGCACAUCUUAAGGGAAGGCCAAGAAAGGUUGGCUCAUGUAUACCUUGCUCAUCCUUCCUUCUAUGGGGAGCUGUAUAGCUGCAUCAACUUGUCUGAGACGAUUGAGGAUUUUGAGUUAUCAUGGGACACUCUCCUUGAUAAAUAUGAUCUGCGAAAAAAUGAGUGGCUUCAGGCAGUGUAUAAUGCUCGCAAGCAGUGGGCCCCAGUAUAUUUCCGUGGCACUUUCUUUGCUUCUCUUUCUUCAAGCCAAGGUGUUAGCUCCUUUUUUGAUGGUUAUGUCAAUCAGCAGACUACCAUACCUCUUUUCUUUAAUCAGUAUGAAAGAGCUUUGGAACAUUCAUUAGAAAAAGAAAUAGAAGCAGAUUAUGAUACAAUUUCCACCACACCAGUACUGAAGACACCAUCACCAAUGGAACAACAAGCAGCAAACCUCUAUACCAGAAAAGUUUUUGCAAAGUUUCAGGAUGAAUUAGUUGAGACCUUUGCAUACACUGCAAAUAAUAUUGAUGGUGAUGGGAUGGUCAAUAAAUACAGGGUUGCAAAAUAUGAGCAUGAUCACAAAGCAUACAUAGUCAAUUUAGAUGUUUCUGAGAUGAAAGCAGGUUGCAGCUGUCAGAUGUUUGAAUACUCGGGCAUACUCUGUAGACAUAUAUUGACUGUCUUCACUGUAACAAAUGUUCUUACCCUUCCCGUGCAUUACAUAUUGAAGCGAUGGACAAUAAAUGCCAAAUCUGGGGCUGGAUUAGAUGAACAUAAUGCAGAUCCGCAAGGUAUUGAGACUCUCAGCUUGCGCUUCAACAAUUUAUGCCAGGAAGCCCUUAAAUAUGCAGAGGAAGGGUCAAUUGCUGUAGAGACUUAUAAUGCAGCGUUGAGUGUUCUGAGGGAGGGUGGGAAAAAGAUUGCUGUUGUAAAGAAAAGUGCUGCUAAAGCCGCACCUCCUAGUUCUCAUGGCAGUGGAUCCAUACAGGAAGACAGUAGCAAGAAAACCCCCAAGUUAAUUCCUGAAAUGACAUCAUCAUUAUGGCCUUGGCAAGAAGCAAUGCCACAUCGCUUCAAUCUGAAUGAUAAGGGAGUUCCUGUUGAUGAUUCGAACCAGCCCAGUAUGGCUCCUGUCUCCAUUCAACGGGAUGGUGGAAACCCUGAUAACACGGUGGUUCUGACUUGUUUCAAGUCCAUGACUUGGGUGAUAGAAACCAAGAAUUCUGCACCAGCUGGUAAAGUAGCUGUCAUUAACUUGAAGUUGCAAGAUUAUGGCAAGAACCCUUCGGGAGAGACAGAGGUACAAUUUAGGGUAACAAGGAUCACACUUGAACCCAUGUUGAGAUCCAUGGCCUACAUUAGUCAGCAGCUGUCAGCACCAGCCAAUAAAGUUGCCGUUAUAAAUUUAAAGCUCCAAGACACAAAAACAACUUCUGGGGAAACAGAGGUGAAAUUUCAAGUGUCCAAAGAUACGCUAGGUUCCAUGCUAAGAUCAAUGGCCUAUAUACGUGAGCAGCUUUGAAUGCUUUUGAAGAAGCAGGUUUUACCUGGUAAGAUGACUAAUUUCGUGCCAUGGCUACAGUGCAUCAUUCCAACGGCGGCAAAAUCUUCACCACGGGUCUGGAAGUUCCCUUGAGACCAAUAAUCAUUCCAGACCUAUCAUUCCAGACCUAUCAUUCUUUGAAAAUGCGGUAGAAAUAGGAAUGUUGAAAGUGCUCCUUGUUUAUAACAUUCAUGUACCAUGUUAAUACCAUCUAGGUGUUCCAUUGAAGGAAUUGGUUUACUUGUAGUUAGGGUUUGUUAGAUCUUUUCCAUUCACCACAUUCGGAUUUGAGUAAGUUAGGCUUAGUAAGUUAUAUCCCUAACUAGAAGACACACGGUUUCCAUGUAAGCAUGUGUUGGAAACUCACUUGUAUAUGUAAUUAUGAACAUCCAGAUCUUUACCCAGUGAGCAUUGCAUAUAUUCUGUAUUU